UACUUAAACAGCUUAUCGAUUUACUUUGAGAACUCAGAACAUUUUCUUGUUCUUAAAUUCCAAGAAGCAAUUUACAAAAUAUACACAAGUACUAUGGGCUCUCACUGCGCAAAUCCACCAAUUCAUGUCUUUAUGGUCUCAUUUCCAGGCCAAGGACAUGUCAAUCCUAUGCUUCGACUUGGCAAACGCCUGGCAGCCAAGGGUAUUCUCGUCACAUUUUCCACGGCUGAAAGUUAUGGUUGUCAAAUGAGAAAAACCAACAAUAACCUAAGUGAUGAACCAACUCCCUGUGGUUCAGGUAUGAUAAGAUUUGAGUUCAUUGAUGAUGCUUGGGAUUAUUCGAAGCCCGGGGGGAACGACCUCGGACUAUACAUGCAGCAUCUAGAGUCAGUAGGUAAACAAGUCCUUCCUCAAAUGAUUGAGGAAAACAAGAAACGAGGCCGCCCUGUUUCUUGUCUUGUCAACAAUCCUUUUAUUCCUUGGGUUUCCGAUGUUGCUGAAAUCCUCGGAAUUCCUAGUGCUGUCCUUUGGGUUCAAUCUGCUGCGAGUUUUUCUUGUUAUUACCAUUAUAUGCAUAAAUUAGUUCCUUUUCCUACUGAGUCAGAGCCCAAACUAGAAGUUCAAUUACCAGCCAUGCCCUUGCUCAAACAUGACGAAAUUCCUAGCUUUUUGCACCCUGCUUCCCCGUACACUAUGUUGAAGAAGGCAAUUUUAGGUCAAUUUAAUAAGUCUAGUCCAUUUUGUAUACUAAUGGAUACAUUCCAAGAACUCGAACUCGAGCUAGUUGAGCACCUUUCCAAACUUUGUCCAAUUAAAACUGUUGGUCCAUUAUUCAAGCACCCUAAAUUAAGUUCCCCCGAUGGAGAAGAUUUUCGUGGCGAUUUACUCACAUCUGAUAGUGGCAUAAUGCAGUGGCUAGAUUCAAAACCAUCAUCCUCUGUUGUAUACAUUUCGUUUGGAAGUGUAGUCAUAUUGAAACAAGAACAAAUUGAUGAAUUGGCCUAUGGGUUGUUAAAUUCAGGGGUGAAUUUUUUGUGGGUAUUAAAAGAACCAUCCCCAGGGACAAGUUAUCUACCAGUAAAAUUACCAGAUGGAUUUUUGGACAAAGCUGGUGACAGGGCUAAAAUUGUCCAAUGGUGUCCACAAGAACAAGUUUUAGCACACCCAUCAUUAGCCUGUUUUCUGACACACUGUGGAUGGAAUUCGACUAUGGAAGCAGUAUCAAUUGGUACACCAAUUAUUGCGUUUCCUCAAUUUGGUGAUCAAGUUCUUGAUGCUAAGUACUUAGUGGACGUGUUUAAAGUUGGUAUUCGAUUGUGUAGAGGUGAGGAUGAAAAUAGGAUUAUUCCACGUGAUGAAGUGGAGAAGUGCGUUAGGGAGGCGACAAGCGGAGCAAAAGCGACGGAGAUGAAAGAAAAUGCAUUAAAGUGGAAGAAAGCGGCAGCGGAUGCGGUGACUGAAGGUGGCUCCUCCCAGCUAAACCUGCAGGCAUUCAUCGAUGAUAUUGUCGCAACAUGUACUGCUGAAAAGUUCAAGAAAGCUGGCCUGCAAUAAUUUUUUUUUAAUCUCAAAAGAGUGGGUGAAAACUGCUCGUCGCACUUGUUUACGUUAAAUCAUACAGUACUUAUAAUUAUAUAAUUUAAUAAGAUUAUAAAAUAUAUUGAUUAUAAUAGGUAAGCAUGCAAUGAAAAUUUAUAACACUAUGUUUUGAUCUGGUGUAA